AUGUUGUCAACUACAACCGGGAAGCAUUAUACAGCUGAAAUGCAAAUGCUUAUUCAUGAUCAAGCAAAAGCUGCAUGGCAUAUUACAUUAGUUAUGUCGCAGGUGUUUCAUUUUUGGCUUUGCACAACGAGAAGAAUUUCCGUUUUCAAACAUGGCACGCAAAAUAUUGCAGCAGUUCUUGCACUACUUAUUGAAAUUUUCAUUCUCAAUUUUAUGAUUUAUAUGCCAGGUGUGCAACAUUGGCUUAGUGUUACUCAUCCACCAGCAUUUGUUUGGCUAUUUUGUUUACCUGUUGGUAUUAUUCUUAUUAUUUUCAAUGAGGAAAACUACUACUUCCGUGGAAAAAAUUUUUUCAUUUUGAUAAAAGAAAAAAAAAGAAGAAAAGGAAAACGAUGUCAUGAUAAAGUUAGACUCGGAAAUGGCUCAUUAGACGCUAUCCAACCAGUAAUAUUAUACGAGCAUUAA